AUGAUUGGGCAAGAUGCAAGCAUUUGGCCCUACAUGUCACCUUUUCUCAGCAUUUUCUCCGCCAUUCCGGGCAACUUGCUACUGCCCGGCACGAUCUUAGCGUUCUUUUUGGGCCGGGCCUUCUUCGCAGGGCUCGCUGCCUGCAUUUUGUUGGUGGUCUUGAGCAACUGUGCAGCGGCCAAAUAUAAACAGAAGGUGCAGGAGAAGCUUCAGGUGGCAGACGAACGCUUGGUUUUGAUCAACGAAACCCUGCAGGGAGCUCGAUCUGUGAAGCUUUGUGCCUGGGAAUGCGCAUUAGAGGAGAAGAUCAACAAAGUUCGAGAGAAGGAGAUCCGCGUGCUGAGCUGGAUACACUUGGCCUAUGCAUUGCAGCAGGGUGCUGUAUCAGCAUUGCCAGUGGUUGGAAUCUCGACGGCCCUCUUGACAUAUGCGGCCUUGGGAUAUUCAUUGGAAGCAGAUGUGGAUUACCUAGCGCUGGGCUUCACCUUGUUACCCAACUGCAAGAUGCAGUUGCAGAUCAUGAGUGCCUGCCUCAGUCGCGUGGAGCGCUUGCUACUGCGCAAGGACGUCGCGGACAUCACAGCCGAUGCCACUGACGGAGUGCCGGGGAUUUCCAUGGCCAACGCCAGCUUUUCCUGGACCGACUCUGUUGUGUUGUCGAACAUGGCCGUCUCAGUGACACCUGGGCGCCUGGUGCUGGUCGUUGGACCGGUGGCGUCCGGGAAAUCCACGCUGCUCUCGGGGGUCUUCGGAUUUGCCCAGCGAACAUGUGGCAACUCCAGCUUGCGAGGACAACCUGCCUAUGUGCCGCAGAAUCCACAAGUCUUGAACGCCUCGGUCUGUGACAACAUUCUCUUCGGUGCUGACUGGGAGCCUUCUUUGUAUGCCGCAGCGCUGACAGCGUGCUGUUUGGAACAAGAUAUGGAGCAACUCGUGGAUGGAGAUGCCACGGAAAUCGGUGAGAAAGGAAUCACCAUCAGUGGCGGGCAGAGAGCCCGCAUUGCCAUGGCCAGAGCAUUUUAUGCGAACCCAGACGUGGUUGUGAUGGAUGAUCCCUUGUCCGCUAUGGAUGCCCAUGUGGGGGCCGAGGUUUUUCAGAAUUGCAUCAUGGCACUGCGAAGCAGUGGCAAGGCGGUGUUGAUGACCACCAAUCAGCUUCAGUUUUGUGCUGCUGCGGAUGAGAUCAUCAUCAUGGAGCAAGGAAAGGUGGCUCACAGGGGAACCUUUGAGGAAGUCAAAGAUAUCCUGGCGACCUGUGGCAUGACGUCCCAAGUGCCCGAGGACGCCAGCCCCGCCAGCAUCGCGCCACGCCUGGCGCGGGGGAUGAGCGAAGCGACGCUGGGGAAGGCGAGAAACCAGCAGCGGCUGAAGUCUGGAAUGACCACAGAGGCCGUGGCACAGGGCCGUUUGACGCUCUCCGCGUGGCUCAGCGUCUCCGCUGGCGGCGGCGCUGCUGGGAAGGCCUUGGGCGUGGCGCUGCUGGGGCUAUGCCUGUUGACGCCCGUGGCGAUGUACCUGUCAAACAUCCUUCUGGCUCAGUGGACCUCCGAACAAGACUCCGACCAGAUGGUCUACUAUGGUGUCACUGCACUGGUCUUUGCCGCAUGCUGCGGCUUGCGGGUUGUCUUGGCUGCUUUGUACUUCACGGAGCUAUCAAGAAAAUUGCAUAAGCAAAUGCUGGCAUCAGUGUUGCGACAGUCUAUGGCUUGGUAUGACACCACUCCGCUGGGUCGAGUCUUGAACCGUUUUUCGCAAGACAUUGCGUUGGUGGACCUUCAAAUGCCUCGGAUCUACGAGUUCACCAUGCAGCAUUUCACGAUCGUUGCGCUGGGGACCUUCGGGGCCAGCGUGUUAGCAUGGCCUGUGCUGCUGUUGCUGCUGCUGGUUGCAUUCCCUCUCUUCAAAUUGCAAAGCCGCUACAAUGCUGUGGCAUUGAAUUUGCAGAGGCUCAUGUUGAUGGCUACCAGCCCAGUGAUGUCCCAAGUGUCCAGUUUCCUGAUUGCUCGUGACACCAUCCGCGCCUUCCGACGGGAGAAAUACUUUGUGUCGGACUUCAUCCGAUCAAUGGAUGAUUUCUACAAGUCCUACUACUGGAUUCACAGCCUCGAUCGUUUGUGCAUGAGCAUCUUCAGCGUUUUCUUCGUCCCCUGUCUGAUGCUGUCACUGGGCGCCGCGGUGCUGUCGCUGGUGUCCUUCGAGAUGCUGACGCCUGAGUUGGGUGGCAUGGCGCUGGCGCUGUCCAUCGGCCUAGCGCAGCGCCUUGUGUUGUACCUCUGGUGCUGGAGCACCUUCGAAAAGUUCUUCGGUGCGGCUCAACGCAUCGCGGAAUAUGCUGCCUUGAAAUGGGAAGGUUCGCAGAAGGAUCACGAGGACUGGAAGAAGGCCUAUGACCAACCUUCACUGACAGACCAAGGUAGUCAGUUGGCGCUUGUCAUGAAGGAUGUGUCAUUGAGAUACCAGCCUGGACUUCCGUUGGUCUUGAACGGUCUGAACUUGACGGUGCGCGCAGGAGAGCGAAUUGGCAUAUGCGGUCGGACGGGCAGUGGAAAGUCCACCCUAUUUCUGGCCUGCUUUCGCUUGGUGGAGAUGGAUGCAGGUGAUAUCGAGAUCUGGGGUCGUAGUGUCACAUCCUUGACGCUCCCAGAGUUGCGAUCCAACUUGGCAAUCGUACCACAGGAUCCCCUGAUGUUUUCGGGAACCUUGCGCUUCAAUCUGGACUUCCAGGGGCAUCACAGCGAUGAAGAAAUCUGGGCAGCGUUGCGCUUGGCACGGCUUGAUCGGUUGGUGAUGGAUAUGCCAUUGAAAUUGGACGAACCUGUCGAAGAGAAGGGUUCCAAUUUUUCGGCUGGAACUGUUCAGCUGAUUUGCAUCGCGCGCAUUCUGAUGGCCCAUCAGAGAAUUGUUUUUCUUGAUGAAUGCACUGCCAAUGUAGACAUGAACACAGAUUCGGAGGUGCAGAAGGCUGUUCGUUCAGCUUGUCAAGACUGCGCAGUGAUUUGCAUCGCGCAUCGCUUGCAAACAAUCAUGGACUAUGAUCAGCUUGCAGUGUUGGAUAAAGGUAAAGUGGUGGAGUUCGGCCCGCCCAAAGAGUUGCUGCGAAGCGACGGCGCCUUUUCAGCUCUGGUGUCGAGUUCUGGAGAUAAAUCUCGUGAAGUGCAUGAAGAUGAGAGCGAAAAAACGUUCUUCAGCCUGUAA